UACUUCGCCGGUCAAGGUCUGUACUUGUCUGAAAAUUCGAGUCGAAGCACCAUCACGCGUAAUUCUUCCUUGGUCAGCUCAGUUGGCAGCAGUAUUGUGUUGGGUGGAGUAGUGCUCAUCAUCAUUUUCUACAUACGAAAAAGUAUCGGCAGUGAAGGCCAAACAGAGCAUGUCGGGCUCAACUAC